AAUCUCUUUGUUUUUAUACGUGCCUACACAGCUGAUACGGCGAGAGCUUCUGUCGCUCUCAAACCAGGCAGAAUUGUGGCUUUCUUCAAUUUCUUCAGCGCAUUUUUCGCCAGUAUGGCCUCAUCUAAGACCCUAGAGAUCACACAGGAAGCUUGGCUUGACAAGCUGCAGAGCCUUCACAUCACAAGGUCCGACAUGAACAAACUCAUCAUGGACUACCUGGUGACAGAGGGCUUCAAGGAUGCAGCAGAGAAGUUUCAGCAGGAGUCAGGGACGCAACCGGCCACGAGCUUGGACUCCAUGAGCGAGAGGAUACAGAUCCGAGAAGCUAUUCAGGAGGGCAGGAUAGAGGAAGCCAUCGCACUGGUCAACGACAUCCACCCAGAGCUCCUGGAUAACGACAGAUAUCUUUAUUUCCACCUACAGCAACAAUACCUGAUUGAACUUAUCAGGAACGGUCAGCUGGAGUCAGCUCUGGAGUACGCUCAGACGCAUUUAGCAGAGCGAGGAGAGGAGAAUGCCGAAAUCUUGCCUGAACUGGAGAGGACACUAGCCCUCUUGGUGUUUGAGAACCCAGAGACGUCACCCUUUGCCGACCUCUUGCAUCCAUCACAGAGACAGAAGGUCGCUAGCGAGCUCAACUCAGCCAUUCUGGAAGCCGAAAGCCGCGAGUCGGUGCCCAAGCUGGCCAACCUCCUCAAACUCCUCCUGUGGUCUCAAGAGCAGCUGGAUGCCAAGAAGGUCAAAUUCCCCAAGAUGAAAGACCUGGCCAAAGGAGAAUUCCAAGGACCCAAAUGAUGAACAGAGGCGUGCCUUGCCUAAACCCUGCCCACCACGUCCCUACCCUAAACACAGACUCCUUCAUUUUAGGCAAUUUCUAUUCGACCGGUGGAUGGAGCAGCAGCGUUAGGAUCGAUCUACCUAGGUCUGAUCUAAAGACAUCAAAGAAACGUUGACUGCACGGUUUCCCCACGAUCGGCUACCACUGCAGUAGGCAAGCAUUGAUUAGCAACUAUACCGGUCGGUUGUAAACUGGUCGGGCUUAUUUUCAUGAAAAAGAGCCGUGGAUUCUUUAUCAAACGGCAAAACGGUCAUGUAAGACUGGCGUUAUCAUGCUGAUCCAGUAUUGGAUGCUGCCUCCAAGUUAUUCUCAUACAUUUAUCAUUUAGCUUUGAAGGCUUGCCCGAUACCUAAGUACCAUGCACAGCACUGAAGUCCUUGCCUGUGACAAUGGUGGACGUACAUCAGGCCAUGUGAGUCAGUGAGAGAGGGCCCUAUGCUGGAGUUCUCACACCCUUGCUGGAGUCAAGUUCCAAGGAGCUGUUUGAUGAAUAGAUGCAGCCCCCAUCCCCUAUGGUCGGCGCACCCUCUCAGCAAGCUUACCGACUGCAACAAUACUCCCUCCUGCAUUUGAAUUAAGUCUCAGAUGACCCCAGCUAUCAACUAAUUUGCCUACAGAUGCUCAAGUUCACUGGGUGGCUCCUUGAUGUAAGAGCCAAUGGCCCAACUAAAAUUCUUUCCCACCAAUUGACAUCACACCCAUACAAUAAACCAACUCUUCAAAAUUGACAUUGACCGUAUUGCAUUUCAACAUAGACACUCAUGUGGUAAGGUAAUAUGGAAUUUCAAACCCAGUCUACUCUAAGAACUCAUUUCUUGCAUAAAAAAGCAUGUUUAGUAUGAUUCACAGUAGAGUGUGCCACCAAGAGGUAGCCAUGGAGAAGCCGUUUUUUGCAUUGCAUUGUGGGAAAUGUAGACAAAUUUUAUUCGCCAGCUGCACGGAGAACUCCAAUUAUUGUUAGGGAGGAAAAUUCCUCAGUUUUUUGAGAAGCAAUUUUAAUUAAUUUGUUGUUCUUUCUGUUUAAUACACAGAAUUUCUCUAUCAAAAGUUUUCCCGUAUGUUCACAUGUAGAUCACAGUGAGGCGUCAUGCAUUUGUCAACCUCAAACUUGAAAAUGGCCUCUCUUCGGCAACCUCUUGGUGGCGCACUGUUAUAUGAAUUUCUCUAUUCAGGAAAAACUAGUGAAUUAUGCCAUCAUAUUUGCCUACAUGUAAUUAUUUAGACUGCUCCUUUGAUGGUGGGAAAAGAGCACAAGCCUGUACAUGUAGAUAAAAUUUAUGUGAUCAUGUGACUUAAAUCACAUGAUUUAAAUCAGGUGACCUUUUUACUUGUUUGUGCCUCUGGGAUAUUACGGAAGUUCAACGUCUCUCAUGAAAUCUCUAACUUCUAAGCCAUUUCAAAUUUUGGUUCAUUUACAGUUACACUAUAGAAUUUGUUUCAUUUGUCCAUUCAUGUUACUUGUUUUACAAUGUAAAUAGGUUUUUUUCUUUAUCCUGUCUGUAUACAAAAUAAAGAUGUGUUAAUAAUCAUUCUUAAA